CUCAGAGGGCUUCACGGGAUAUACAUACAACGUUUGAGGCGGAACAAGCUGACAACGCGUCCUGUCUGGCUCUCAAACCAGUCCACGAGUAUGUUUGAGGAGUAUGCUUGCGCUCUGAACUAGUACAGAACUCCCUUGGGACUGGCACCUCCGUUUAGUCUACAUGCAUUUACAAACAUGACUUUGGACUAGUAUUUGCUGCAGUUCGAGCCCAUGCCCCUAAAGCCGUGCCAAUGCCUAGGAAUGGAUACUAGUGUCUCUGGCAAAGUUGGAAACAUGGUCGCAAGUGAUAAGGAGCAUUUGGACGCGAGCUAUGGCAGUAAUGCAGGGAUGGACGCGCUUCACCAGUGCGAACUCAUCCAGAACCUGAUCGAGAUCUCCAUCUCUAGUCUAAAAGGGCUCCGGACCAAGUGCGCCGCAUCUAACGACCUGACCCAACACGAGAUACGCGCUUUGGAGGUGAAGCUGGUGAAGUACAUCAGUAAACAGUUAGAGUGGAAGCAGAGUGUUCCAGAGAGUGACAGACCGCUGGCACUGGACUCUUACCCACAACUCACAGACUGGCUCUACACCAUCAACCUCCGGCCAGAGCUCAUAGAGGCAGUCCCUGUGAAGCUGUCUCUGGAUGCUCUGCUGCAAAUGUCCAGUGCGCAGGUGGAAGACACCAUGAAAAGACUGGGCUCUAGCAGUGAGGAGUGUUCCCGCAUCACUGCUGCCCUCUCCUGUCUCAAGAGCGCUACUGACACAGGGGGAGCCCUGAGGAAAGAGGGUAUCCCGUGGAUAGCAGAACCCACUCACCGUGACAGUACCUCUGCUGACCCGCUAUCUUGUUCUAUGCGUGCACAUCAGUUUUACAGUCCCAACCCAACCAGCUGGCCCCCUCCUUCUGCUUUCCCUGCCCCUCGUUCCUGUGUCUCUGUUUCUGCCCUACCCUCAACGGACUUCCCUACAAUUGUCCACCCACACUGUGAUGGGCUGACGGACCCUUUUUCAUCCUCCCCGCAGCUGAACCGCUGCACCUCUGGGCUGCUGUCCACAGCUCCAGCCACACCGCCACAGAGAAGGUAUUGGAAACUAAAGCCCCCACGAACUCCACCACCUCCAUCCCGUAAGCUGCUAAACCUCCUGCCCAACAUCACUCUCACGCGCAGCAAGAGCCAGAGCCAACUGGCCAACCGGAUCAACGACCCUACACCCAACAACGUGUGUUCGGUCUGUGGGAGUGGACUGCUGUGUCAUCUGAGAUCACUGAUGGCCCAAUUCCAGGCAGGUUUUGGAGAGUAUUUCUACACGCCCCUUCACAUAGCCCCAGUGUUUCCUGUUUGCUCAAGGCCGAGGAGUGGAAAGAAAAAUAAGCCGCUCCUGAACGUGCAGGUAAACGGUGGAGGAAACGGCUGGGAAGACUCGGCCUCACGGUCACCACUGUUGUCUGCCCGUUCCCCCUGCAUUCUACCAAAUACCCCCAGUCACCUGGGAGACUCUGCGGGAGUAAGAAACAAUGUUGCAUCCCACGGAAGCUCUCCACUAAUCAUGAGAAAGGAUAUCGGUCUGGAUGUCACACACAGGUUUUCCACCAAGUCCUGGUUGUCUCAGACGUGUCAGGUGUGCAAGAAGAACAUGAUGUUUGGUGUUAAAUGCAAACAUUGCAAGGUGAAGUGCCACAAUAAAUGUACCAAAGAGGCCCCUAAGUGCAGGAUUUCAUUUGCACAAUGUAAGAUUUUGUACAAGAUCAGAAGAACAGAGUCGGUACCGUCAGGUAUCAAUAACCAGGUGGAGCGACCAGCAGAGUCUCAGCAGUACGGAACAUUACCGAAGACAAUAAACAAAAAGGCAUGUAGCAAACCACACAAACCAGGAAAUGUAUCCAGUACCAUGCAUUCAGAUGGAGGUUACAACACCGGAGAAACAGAUCAGUUGGAUGGUAACGUCAACCAGUUGUCAACAGGCCAAAGGGAAGCUGUGGAUGAGGAGCAGCAAGGGGACGACGGUCAGGAUCAGGAAGGUUCGGAUGAUGAAAGUGAAGGUGAUGAAGUGGAUGACCUUCCCAACUGCAGGGGCUACUGGAAGGACCACAUAAGCCGUAAGGCCAGCCAGACCAGUGUUUACCUGCAGGAGUGGGAUGUGCCUUUCGAGCAGCUGGAGCUCGGAGAGCUGAUCGGUAAAGGCCGCUGGGGGAAGGUGUGUAGGGGCCGCUGGCACGGAGAGGUGGCCGUUCGCUUGUUAGAGAUUGACGGUAACAACCAAGAGCACCUAAAGCUGUUCAAGAAGGAGGUGAUGAACUACAGGCAAACGCGACACGAGAACGUCGUGCUGUUUAUGGGGGCCUGCAUGAACCCGCCCCAUCUGGCCAUUAUCACCAGCUUUUGUAAAGGACGGACGCUGUACUCCGUUGUCAGGGACUCUAAACUUGACAUCAACAAGAUAAGACAAAUCGCUCAGGAAAUCGUAAAGGGAAUGGGUUACCUCCAUGCAAAGGGAAUUGUGCACAAAGAUUUGAAGUCCAAGAAUGUAUUUUACGAUUCAAACAAAGUUGUCAUCACAGAUUUCGGUCUGUUUGGGAUGUCUGGAGUGGUCCAGGAGGACAGGCGGGAAAAUGAACUGAAGCUGCCACGAGGGUGGAUCUAUUACCUGGCUCCAGAGAUCGUGCAAAAGAUGGGGCCAGGAAACCAAGAAGACUGUUUGCCCUUUUCAAAAGCUGCUGAUGUUUACGCUUUUGGCACUAUCUGGUUUGAACUCCAGGCCAAAGAAUGGCCCAUCAGGAACCAACCGACUGAAGUUUUGAUCUAUCAGCUGGGAAGUGGAGAAGGCAUCAGAACGUUACUGGCCCAGAAGGGUACAAGCUUGGGCAAGGAGGUUACGGAGAUCCUGUCAGCCUGCUGGUCCUUUAAGGUUGAGGACAGACCAACAUUCCCUCAGCUGUCAGACUUACUAGAGAAGCUGCCAAAGCUCAAUCGCAGACUCUCACACCCCGGGCACUUCUGGAAGUCUGAGGAGUAUGUAUCCUAGACUGGAACGCUAGCAUGCUGCGGAUCCCCCUUUUUUAGGGGGUGUAGUUUAUGGAGCAUGAAAACUAACUGAUGGUUUGGAGCCGACCUGUGCAUUGUUUUUUUUUUGUUUGUUUGUUUGUUUUUUCUCUAUUCUGAGCCUUCUUAAUUUUACAUCAUUGGAUUUUUAGUGUAGCGAGUGUCAGAAGGAUGCUGUGCAUGGAAUCAACCAUUAUAUAUUUGGUCAAACCUGAUAUCGUAUGGUGAGGAAAAUAACAGUAAGUGACAGUAAUGAAAAAGUGUUUUUUUCUGCUACCAAAGUUUUUGCCUGUUAUGAAUGAUUGGUCUGGUUUGCAAAUAUGUGUGAAGAUUUUUGUGAUUUAUCAUUUAUUGUUCACCAUAUAGAAAUUCAGAAGCAGAUACUGUUCUGAAUAUGAGUGGUUCAGAAGGAAGGUGCUUAUUGAUUUAACCUGUUACAUUUUGAAGAUGUCCAUAUGCCCAAAUAUCUGGCCUGUGGUCAGUAAUUCACCUCUUACAUUUAAAAACAAUGGUUAGACUGUGGUGAAAAGGGUGUAAUCUGAAUUUAUAAUAAUUAAAAUAAUAU